AUGGAAGUUGCUCUUGGAUAUUUUAAAGUUCCUCUAGGUAAUGAUGGCUAUCCUAACAAUGAAAAAUGGACUAUGAUACUGCCUGAGGAUGGUGGUUUUGAACUUAAAGAUGGUGAAUUACAACUUAAACCUGAGGAACUUAAGGAAAAACUUCGAGAGCUCACCUGUAGAUUCUUUGGAUCAGUAAUCAUAUAUGGCCACUGUAAAAAGGAAGGGUAUAAGAAUGAAUUAGAACUUCAUCACCAAGAUGAAGAGAGUGCUAAACUUCAACUAGGACGAGCACGUGCUGAAGGAGAACAGGAAUCCCAAGAAGGAACAGCUGAGGAAGAUUCUGAACUUGAAGGGAAAUACUCAUCUCAAAAAGUUAUUGGACCUCCAAAAACUGCUACUAAUACUACUGAAGGACCUGCUUUUGAAGUUGCUCAAGAUCCUCAAGCUGAACCUGAAGAUACUUCUACUCCUUCUGCUCUUCCUACUCCUCCUCAAGGUAAAACUCCUGAAAGAUCUUCCGAAGGAACUGGUCCUAAAGAAGCUGUUUCUGAAGCUCUUAAAGACACAGUCUCUUAUAAUCCUGGAACUCAACCUCAAGGUCCUUCUGGUCCGGAAGGACUUACUCCUGAUUCUGAAACUGACUCUGGUGCUCCUGAUACUAAACUUGGACCUGGUAAAAAAGAUAUGGAAGGACCUAGUACUGGUGGAGGAUCUUCUGCUAUUCUUCCUGCUAAUGACCCCGUUCCUCCUGCGAAUUCUACUACUGACUCUUCUGGUUUUGUUAAGACUAUCUUUGGAGGUACUGUUGGUGGACUCACUGGACUACUAUUGGACUUGGUCUAUGGAGGGGACAUGCUAUACUACAGACACUACUCUAACCAUUAA